CACACACAAAGAACAACUGUGACGUUCACCGACAGAGGUCGUGCUUGGCAACCAGUCCUCCAUACUUAUGGUGGAAAAUAGCAACAGACUGUGGUGGAAAUAACGCUAUUUAGAUAGAAGUUAACCACAAAUCAGGUAGAUUUUUACAAUUAUGGAUUAAAAGGAAAUAAUGUGAUCUAUUUGUGGAAAUCAAAUGUGGACUCUAAAAACUGAAUUUUGUGAAAUCAAUAGCGAAAACCGGGGAACAUGACCACCCGGGUGAAACCUCUGCCAGUUCAAGUGCAGAGAACACGAUCAAUGCUAACCACCGGAGAUAUGUAUACACACAAUACUCUAGAUGGCACAAGUCACCACCUUCCUCCGAUUGCUAGCCAGACUGUCGGGGGAGCUCAUAGCGCCCAUGUCACCACGACUGCAGCCCAUUCCGGACACGGAGUCAAGGUACAGCAGCUUUAUGAGGACCAUAAACACCACCACGAUAAGCAUGUAACCAUUCAGCAUGGUGGGACCGAGUCAGAGGCGCCACAGCCCAAUAUCCGGCCCAGUUCUAGCGCUGGAAGUCAAGGAAGCAAGACAGGAUCAGCUGCAGCUCGUCGUAACAAUUCAAUGAGUCCAGAGUCUGCCAUGAAACAGUUCAUGCAUAAGCUGACUUCUUUUGAACAUCAUGAAAUUUUUAACUAUCCUUCUAUCUUUUUUGUGGGACAAAAUGCAAAAAAACGCCAAGGUGUUGUAGGGGGAGCUAAUAAUAAUGGCUAUGACGAUGAAAAUGGCUCGUAUAUACAUGUACCUCAUGAUCAUAUAGGAUAUCGUUAUGAAGUGCUCAAAGUCAUUGGAAAAGGAAGUUUUGGACAGGUUGUUAAAGCUUAUGAUCAUAAAAUUAAUUCACAUGUAGCAUUAAAAAUGGUGAGAAAUGAGAAGCGAUUUCAUCGUCAGGCUCAAGAGGAGAUUCGUAUCUUAGAACAUCUCAAGAAACAAGAUAAGGACAACGCUAUGAACAUUGUUCACAUGAGUGAACAUUUUACAUUCCGUAACCAUAUAUGUAUUACCUUUGAACUUCUGAGCAUGAAUUUGUAUGAACUGAUCAAGAAAAACAAAUUCCAGGGAUUUAGCUUGCAGCUUGUGAGGAAAUUUGCACAUUCCAUAUUGCAAUGUUUAGAUGCUUUGUACAAAAAUAGGAUCAUUCAUUGUGAUCUCAAACCUGAAAACAUUCUCCUUAAACAGCAGGGAAGAAGUGGCAUCAAAGUCAUUGAUUUUGGCUCCAGUUGUUACGAACAUCAGCGUAUAUACACAUACAUUCAGUCUCGCUUCUACAGAGCACCAGAAGUCAUUUUAGGAGCCAAGUAUGGAAUGCCAAUUGACAUGUGGAGUUUAGGAUGCAUUUUAGCUGAACUUUUAACAGGGUAUCCCUUGUUCCCGGGAGAAGAUGAAGGGGACCAGUUAGCCUGUAUUAUAGAAUUACAAGGUAUGCCACCUCAGAAGCUGUUAGAUCAGUCCAAACGAGCCAGGAAUUUUAUCAGUUCCAAAGGCUACCCUAGAUACUGCACUGUCACCACUCUACCAGAUGGCAGCACUGUGCUAAACGGCUGUCGUUCCAGGCGAGGAAAGCCCAGAGGUCCCCCGAGUAGCAAAGAAAUGGUCACAGCCCUAAAAGGAUGCGAAGAUCCACUUUUCCUUGAUUUCAUGAAGCGUUGCUUAGACUGGGAUCCAUCAACGCGGAUGACACCUGGACAAGCAUUACGUCACCCCUGGCUCCGACGUCGAUUGCCAAAACCGCCCACGGUAGAUAAUAGAGCAGACUCCGCAUCCCGCCGAAAAUCUACCGCCAACACCGCUAGUGCAGUGAUACCUAAACUUACAAGUGGAACAUCGAGUGGAAAGGGGAGAAAUAACAUCAUAACAGACGAAAUGUCUGCACAGAUGCACAAUCGAACCCGACUGCCACAAAUUGGCUCCACCUUAUAGGAGCCAGUGCUUGUGAUAUAGUGUUCUUGUGAUAUUUUUAUGCCGUCCACUAUUAAUUUGAUUUUUUAGUCAAUAAAUGUGUAUGGUUAAACUAAGAUAAUGUACGACAAAACUGUUUGGUGUGAAGAAAAAUGUCUGGCCUUUUUUUUUUAAAUCUGAGUACUAGGAGGUGUCUUGUGUUGGAUUGUGUGGUAUAAUUAUGAAUUGUGACAAAACAUAUAUCACAAAACCUUAAGUGGAGAAAAAUGUUUACCUUAAGUGGAGAAAAAUGUUUAAGUGUAAUGUGUAUUGCAAUCCAAUUUAUCAGUAUUUUCUUGUACAUGUGAAUGGAAUAUAUGCAUUAGUCAUGUAAUGCAUUGAUUGUUGUGAAAACAGAGAAUCAUGCCCUCAUUGUGAUAAUUAGAGGAAGUCAAUUAUAACUUGUAUUGACUAAAAACAUUCCAGAAAAAUAUCUUAUUUAAGAUAAAGGAAAAAUAUUCACAAAUCAGAGAAAGUUAAAAUCCUGAAUUUUCAAUGAAGUUUAUUAUUUUUAUUUUUUUUAAACACAUAAAGUUAAACUGAUUCUUUUUUUUUAUUUUCUGGCCUCUAAUGUUAAAUAAUUGUAUAAAAGAUCCAUUUACUGUUCACCUGACUGAAAUAGGAGACUAAAUUAUUGAUACAGACUUUGUCCGUAAUCGUGAAAUAAUUAAAUAUGCAAUACACCUAUGUAUCGACACCUAGUCCGGUGCCUCACAAGUCGAUAUUGAUUUUUCAUUACUAGCGUAACCCUGUGUAACAAGGUAGUAUCGAUUUCACCUCAGGAGUUUUAAAUCAAAUUUUGUUAAUCUUUGUUAAGGAAAGAAGAUUUUUUUUGUUAUUUGACAGAGGAAUUGUUGUUAGAUAUUCUGUUUUAAAACAGCCUGUACAGUUUUACUUAGAUGACAUCCUGAAUUAAUUCAAGAAAUCUUGAAAUUUUUAAAGCACAAAUCAAUUUCUUAAUCCCAAGACUUCUUUUGUUCCUAUUGCUGCAUGUAUGCCAUUUAUUUUUUUUUUUUAAAUUAUUAUGAUAUUGAUUUUUACAAAAGACAUAUUCUUGAUAUUUUUUAAGUCAUAUUUCAGUCAUGAAUGGUUUUGUUUAAUUACAGUUUUAUAAGGAGAAAUGCCAUUUGACAGGUUAUAUUUUAUAAAAUAAUGGAAGGUGUCAGAUCAGAGACUAAGUGCCAAAUUAGCCAAGCCUCUCAGAAUAAUGUACACUUAUGAAACCCCAUUCAUGUAUUUCUAUGUACCGUGUGAACACAAUGUUUAUCUUUUUACUGCCAUGUCUUACUCUAAGAAUCAUCAUACAGUUUACAUCCGAAGGUUUUACAUUCUCAUGAUUGAUGCAUGUUGUGUGUUUAUAAGGUCUGAGUUGUGAUUGGAAGAAAGAUGAUUUUUAAUUAAUUUUUUUUUUAACAAAUAUUUCAUAUUUUUCUGUGCAUAGUAAAAUUAUAUUUCGUUUUUAUUUUUGAAGUGUGAUCUGUUAAAAUCUCCCGAAACUGUUUUAUUUUAAAAUGUGCUUUCUAUAUAUUUCCACUGUUUAUAUAUAUAUAUAGUUUUAUAUCAUUUUUAUGAAUUCUGUAAAUAGUGGAAAAAUUGACCAAUAAUUGGUCUGAGAUUUUUGUUCUGUUUGUCCAUACAACGCUGUAUAUAUAUAUUUAUAUAUAUAGAACUAACAUUAUAAUUAUCAUACCCUCCGACAGUCCGAGUCUUGUGUUGAUGGUUUUCUACAACUUCUUUGACUUCAUCUUUUUCUUUUUUCUUUUUAAAUCACUGUGGAGUGCCUGUUUGUCUGUCUGUAGUUAUUACCAAGCAAACUUCAUAAAACUUAGCAAUUUUUUUUCCCGUACAGGGAAUUUUGUUCUUCACUCCUCUACGAAAGUGGUGUAUUUUGUGUUUGAAAAAUGCAUAAUAUGCCCCUUUGUUUGUUCUUAAUUCAAAAAUUCCCUCACUUCUGUUGAAAUGUCUUUUUUAAAACUGUACUUGACAAUUAUGUAUAUUAAAACACACAGGAAAUAUUA